GCUGACGAUUUGUUCUUUAGUCCCAGUCUCUGUCCUUCAUGUACUCCGUACAACUCACACCUCUGAGUUACGCUUCUGUGAUCUCUCGUCGGGUUCUACUUUCCCAAACUGAUUUUUUCCUUUCGACCUUUCGGGCGGGUUGUAUUUUCUCUUCGUCCACCGGAAAGCUCGGAUUCGGUCUCUCGGAACCUAAACCCCUCUCCUUUUUUUCCUUUUGCCUGAUCUGAGCAAGCAUCUUCUUGAUCCGUCGAUCUGAAGCAUGGAGAGGAUCGUCGGAGGAAAAUUCAAACUCGGACGUAAGAUUGGAAGUGGGUCGUUUGGAGAAAUUUACCUUGCCACACAUAUCGAUACGUUUGAGAUUGUCGCCAUCAAAAUUGAGAAUAAUAAGACCAAGCAUCCUCAGCUUCUUUAUGAGGCCAAGUUGUACACUAUUCUCCAGGGAGGAAGUGGUAUUCCCCAUAUAAAAUGGUCUGGAGUGGAUGGAGAGGACAACGCUUUAGUCCUUGAUUUGCUAGGUCCAAGCCUAGAGGAUCUCUUUGUAUACUGUGGUAGAAAGUUUUCAUUGAAGACUGUCUUAAUGCUUGCAGAUCAGAUGAUAUCUAGGAUUGAAUAUGUGCACUCUAAAGGCUUUUUACAUAGAGAUAUCAAACCAGAUAAUUUUCUUAUGGGCCUUGGUCGAAAAGCCAAUCAGGUUUACAUCAUUGAUUUUGGUCUUGCUAAAAGGUAUAGGGAUGCAACUACAAAUCGCCACAUACCUUACAGGGAGAACAAAAAUUUAACUGGAACUGCACGUUAUGCAAGCUGUAAUACUCAUCUUGGAAUUGAGCAAAGCAGGCGGGAUGAUCUUGAAUCUUUAGGAUAUGUACUUCUUUAUUUCUUGAGAGGGAGCUUACCAUGGCAGGGUCUCAAAGCUGCUACUAAGAAGCAAAAAUAUGAUAAAAUAUGUGAGAAAAAGUUAUCAACUCCUAUUGAGGUCUUGUGCAAGUCUCAUCCGGUAGAGUUUGCCUCAUUUUUCCAUUACUGUCAUUCAAUGACAUUUGAUCAGCGGCCUGACUAUGGUUUUGUGAAACGCCUGUUCAAAGAGCUCUUCACUAGGGAAGGGUAUGAGUUUGAUUACAUAUUUGAUUGGACCAUACUAAAAUACCAGCAGGCGCAAUCAAGUAGAACACAUCAACGGCCACUGCAUGGAGAGAGCAGCCAGAAAGCUCCGAUGAAUACAGAAAAGCAUCAAGUUGGAAAUUAUUCUCAUUACGCGGCCGAGUUAGCAAAAUCAAGUGUUCCUAUUAAUCCUCAUGCUCGUGCACAGUUCAAGUUGUCUACGAAUAAGCACUUAGCUUCGGGCAAUCUUGAUGCAGUUGAUAGAAGUUUGACUUCUUCUCUGUUUCAAUUUUUUUACUCUAAUGAUGCAAAAUUGCGAAGUGUAGUGGCGUUGGUUAGCAAUGCAGAUCUAAGGUCAUAUCCCGGGGAUGGGACUGGAGAGGGAGGCGCGCGGAGCAAUGUUUAAAACUGCAUAUUGCGGUUUUGAGGUGUUUUUAUGUCGAGGCGUAUUGAGGCAUAAGCCUCAAAUUUAAUGUUCGAAAGUAUGGAUAUAACAUUGUAAGCAAUCUGUUUAACUAAAAAACAAGACUAAAAAUUUAUGUACAUACAAUUUUCAAGAUUGAAUGACAAAUUAAUAAGAAUAAAAAUAAAAACCUUAAAUCAAUUACAAAUUAGUUUGAAUAAAUUGCUAACAUUAAA